AUGCGUUGGCGCCUCUAUCCCGAGACAGGCCAGAUACAGCUAGCAACAGAAGAAGAAAUCCUUGCUGCUGCUGAGGCUCUUAAACAAAAUACUCCUCCUGCUGCUGCUGCUGCUGCUGCUGCUGCUGAUGGUGGUGAUGGUGGUGAUGGUGAUGGUGGUGAGGGGGAGGGGGAGAGUGCUGUUGCUGCUGCUGCAGGAGAUGCUGCUGCUGUUGGUGCUGCAGCAGAAACUGCAGCAGAAGAAGAACAAGCAGCAGCAGCAGGAGCAGCAGGGGAUACAGAAGCAGCAACAGCAGCAGCAGCAGCAGGAGCAGGAGGAGAAGCAGCAGCAGCAGGAGAAGAUGAAACAAAAGAAGACGAAGAAGCAGCAGCAGCAGCAGAAGCAGAUGCAGCAGCAGCAAUCCUAAGACAAGCAAGAACACCCCAUAUACCAGCAGCAGGAACAGCAGCAGCAGUAGCAGCAGGAGCAGCAGCAAAGGGCUUGUGUCUUCGUCUUUUUUUAUAUAAAACAGCAGACAGCCCCCAUGCUGCUGAGCUAGCUGAUUGCAACCCAAAUGAUAAAGGACAAACCCUAGAAUUCGUACCCUAA